AAGAGUUUUCAAGUGGCAAGCAAUUUUUAUCAGCAAUAUCUCACUUUAUUUUUCCUAUAUAAACAUUGGCACAAUUUAUGUUAUUCCCCUCUCAUAUAUGCUUUGAGUAUUUUCUCCAUCUACUUCUCUUUGUAUAACUUGUAAUUAUACAAGUACACUCAAGAAUGGCUUUCUUCAUCAGCACUCAUCAAUUGGCCUUUACUUUUGGCAUUCUUGGAAAUGUGGUGUCAUUCUUGGUGUACUUGUCCCCACUGCCUACUUUCUAUAGGAUAUACAAAAGAAAAUCAACCGAAGGAUUUCAAUCGAUACCUUAUUCAGUUUCGCUUUUCAGCGCUAUGCUUUAUUUGUACUAUGCUUAUCUCAAAGAUAAUGAGAUUUUGCUCAUAACAAUUAACAGCUUUGGAUUUGGUAUUGAAUUGAUGUAUCUCAUUGUCUUCAUGACAUAUGCAACCAGAGAGUCCAAGAUUUUCACUACGAAGCUGCUGGUAUUUUUCAACGUAUUUAUAUAUGGAGCAAUCAUCGUGUUGACAUAUCAAUUGACAAAAAAUGAUGAAUUGCGGCUAAAAAUUGUUGGAUGGAUUUGUGCAGUCUUUUCUGUUAGCGUUUUUGCAGCUCCUCUAAGCAUUAUGAGGCACGUUAUCAAAACAAAGAGCGUUGAGUUCAUGCCAUUUCCUCUUUCUUUCUUCCUCACAGUCUGUGCAGUUAUGUGGUUUUUCUAUGGUAUAUUGAGCAAAGACAUGUACAUUGCAACUCCAAACAUUCUAGGGUUCACAUUCGGCAUUGCACAAAUGAUAUUGUACGCGAUAUACAGAAAGAGGAAGCAACAAGUCCUACCCGAUAUUACUCUGAUCGAUCUGAAAGAUAUCACCAUUGAUAUGAAAGCUGUAGUGGUGGAGAUAAUUCAAGAAAAUGCUGCUGAUGAGAAAGAGAAUAAGCAAGAAGAAGUUGAUGGUGUUAAUGAGAAAAAGGAUGGUGAUAAUAACCAAGAAAUUGCAAUAACAACUUCUAAAGUACGAGAAAAUUAAUCUAAUGUUGCAUAAAAAAAACUUAUAAGCUCUAUAGGUAUCUAGGGCCUUCUACAAUGAGAUAAUUGCCCCUAAUAGCCAAAGGCAACAAGGGUAAAAAAGAAUGUCAACGGGGUAAUUCUGUAAUGUAUCAGAUGAAGGUCAUGCUACUUAGUGUGUUUACUGUUUUUGCUUAUUAAGGGAUGUAAUUGUUUCCUUGUUUUGUGUCUUCUUAUAUAUAAAAGCAAGUUGAAUA